AGAGAUCUUGGUGGAGGAGAGCAACGUGCAGAGGGUGGACUCGCCAGUCACCGUAUGUGGCGAUAUCCACGGACAGUUUUAUGACCUCAAGGAGCUUUUCAGAGUGGGCGGCGAUGUCCCUGAGACCAACUACCUCUUCAUGGGGGACUUUGUGGAUCGGGGCUUCUACAGCGUUGAAACGUUCCUCCUGCUGCUGGCACUCAAGGUUCGCUAUCCUGACCGCAUCACCCUGAUCCGGGGCAACCACGAGAGCCGCCAGAUCACCCAGGUUUACGGCUUCUAUGACGAGUGCCUGCGCAAGUAUGGCUCGGUGACUGUGUGGCGCUACUGCACCGAGAUCUUCGACUACCUCAGCCUGUCGGCCAUCAUCGAUGGCAAGAUCUUUUGUGUGCAUGGGGGCCUCUCCCCCUCCAUCCAGACCCUGGACCAGAUCCGGACAAUUGACCGGAAGCAAGAGGUGCCUCAUGACGGGCCCAUGUGUGACCUGCUGUGGUCAGAUCCUGAAGACACAACCGGCUGGGGUGUGAGCCCCCGUGGCGCUGGCUACCUGUUUGGUAGCGACGUUGUGGCCCAGUUCAACGCCGCCAACGACAUCGACAUGAUCUGCCGAGCCCACCAGCUAGUGAUGGAAGGUUACAAGUGGCACUUCAACGAGACCGUGCUGACAGUAUGGUCAGCCCCCAACUACUGCUACCGCUGCGGGAACGUGGCCGCCAUCUUGGAGCUGGACGAACAUCUCCAGAAAGACUUCAUCAUUUUUGAGGCUGCUCCCCAGGAGACUCGGGGCAUCCCCUCCAAGAAGCCCGUGGCGGACUACUUCCUGUGACUCCAUCGGCCCCCUGCCCCCUCCAAUUCCUCUGGCCCUCGGGCCACUGUGACUUUGCCCUCUCCCCCAGACAGAGGUGGGCAUGGGGGCGUCCAGGCUCUCCCCUCCCCACCGGGAGGGCACUGUGAGGGCGAGGACUUUUCAGGAGAGGUCGGAGGCUCGGCUCCGUGCCCCUCUUCCUUCUCCCAAUUUUAACCAUGAAGUUUCCGAUAAUUGC